AGUGCUGUGUCGCCCUAGUCAGAACGAAAAAAAGGCCUCCACCCAAUUUGUGAGCCUUGCAAUGGGGCAGUGCUGCAGCAGCAAUGAGGGCCACCAGGCCAUGCGGCUUUUGGCCGACAGUGCUAAGGUCACUGGGGCCAAGAAGGCGUGCUUGGUCGGGAUCAACUACAGGAACACGCGCGCGGAGUUGCGUGGAUGCAUCAAUGAUGUCAACAACAUGCAGAAGGUCUUAGUGGAGCAGUAUGGCUUCAAGGUUGAGGACAUCUUGAUGAUCAACGAGGAUCAGGACAAGAGCAAGUGGCCCUACAAGAAGGUCAUUUUGGGUGGCAUGGAGUGGCUGUACAAGGGUGCCAAGCCGGGCGAUCUGCUGGUCUUCCACUACAGCGGUCAUGGAUCUCAGUUUCAAGCAGACAAGAAGACCAUGCCAUCAGACGUGAUCUGCCCUUUGGAGUGUGUGGGCGAUGAGCCGUGGCCGGGAUCCGUGAUUAUGGAUACGGAGAUCCAUCAGAAGCUCUACGACCCCUUGCCGUUGGGCUGUAAGUCCGUGUGCUUGUUCGACUGCUGCCAUUCGGCCACCGUGGCGAAUCUGGGCGAGACCAUGGUGGUGAAGGAGGGUCCUUUGACCGCGGCCGCCAAAGACGCUUUGGUGAAGAGGUGCCAAGCGCAGAAGGAUGCGGUCCAGACGCAGGUGCGCUUCUACCAAGAGGUGAACCAGGGCAAGCUGGACUUGAAGAAGCACAGUCAGGACGAGCUGGUGAAGCUCUUCGAGAAGCAUUCCUUCCCCAAGAAGACGGGAAGUGGGGACGAUGGCUCAGGCUACAGCUACUUGUUGAACCAGAAGAUUGUGGCUUUCUGCACUGAAUCAGUCCAGAAGGUCGAGGCCCUCUUGGCGGAGAAGGAGGAGGACCUGAAGCACGCGCAGAGUUUGAAGGUCGGCGACGGAGCCAAGAUCUACAUUGGCAAUUUGGAGCAGGACUUAGAGGAUGACUAUGAGAAGCAUCAGAAGAAGAAGACUCUCACAAGCCGUGAGAUUCGUAUCCGCUACCUGCCACAGCCAAAGAUGGAGGAACCCAGCCGCGAGGUCAAGCCCUUGACCGCUGGUUUGAAGGGUCCUUUGAAGACCGAGAAGUACAAGGAUCACCAGCUCUGGGUCUUCUCGGGCUGCCAAGAUGACCAAACCAGUGCGGAUGCACACGUGGAAGGCAUCUACCAAGGCGCCUUUACCUGGGCGCUGCUGAAAGCAUUGAAGGAGGACAGCUGGAAGGAGAGCUACCGGAACUUGUUGAUCCAGCUCAAGGCGAACCUGGAAAUGGGCCGCUACCGCCAGGUGCCUGCGCUCUCCACCACCCACGAGCUGUACUUGGACUACGGCUUCUGCGGCAAGAUGAAGAGUGAUGGCUGCGUGAUUGAGGGCAUCACAGCAUAGGGGGCAAAAAGAUUGAUCAUAGCACCAUAGAGAACUUCUUCGAACGAGCUUGCAGCGUUUCUUUU